CGGGCUGGGUUCAUCCCGCAUUCGUUUAGUAGUCACGCGUGCUGGCUGAAGUUUGGGCGAGCAGCUGCUACGUACCUUAAGGCCGUCUUGACUGGUUGCGCCAUUGAAUGUGUGAGUUUUUGUUCGAUUCCAAGUGUCUGGUGUUGUUGGGUGUGACUGUGGCAAUCUAAUUGCUUUCAAAUCGUGCGUUAGACAAAGAAGAUUCUUUUACGUGCGAAACAAACUCGUGAGUAAGCUAUCGAACGACCAGUUUUAGAUAGGCGAAUAAGAUUGCCCUUGGACUGACCUACUGAAGCGUUCCACCAAGAAAAAAAAAGAUGAAUUCCCCUGGCCAGUCGGGCGAAAGGAGCGGAAAUGAAGAACGAUGGAGAGCAGUUUUCGAUCAAAUAUUUGGAGAAAUAAAAAAUAAUCAUCCGGCCGAUGAAUGGACUCUGCGUGUUGUCGAUCAUUUGACAUCGCCCACCAAAGGAGUGGAAGGGUCCAACACUGAAACCGAACCCUUAAUGGAAGACCACGAACUAAUCAACUUGGAAGUCGGAGUAACGCUCGAGCAAACCCAAACCCCAACACAAGAUAUCCCGAGUGAACCGAAUGAGGUCAAUCGUGAAUUGUCUUCUGCUCACCAAGACAAUGGUGAAAAGGAUAUUUUUUAUGGUCAAAUAGAGAGUGCCGCAACUGUCGCAUUGUUAUCUGCGACACAUCUUGUGGACGUGGAUAAUGCAGAAAAGUGUCUUGAUAUCAGUCAGCAAGAGAAAGCAGCUGACCCGCUAGAUAUGGAAAGGGACCAACCGGUUGAACAAGACAACUGUUUGCUAUUAGAACAAGAGGACAAGCAUUUUGAUACAACCGAGAUCCAAGAAAACCAAGUUCAUGCACUAGGCGCAGUGCAACUGCACUUGCCCGCUCCAGGCGACGCUGCCAAACAAGGGGACCAAGGAGAAUCAAAUGAGCGCUCAGACGAGGCCGCCGAAAAGCUUCAAGAAGUCGAGACCGGGUCGAGCAGUGGCCUCGAGGCACAGAACGGUGAAGUACGUGUUACGCCUGAAAGAGAAAACGAGCCCAGCACGGCACCCAUUCACAACACACAAGAGAACAUAGAAGCAACCGCCUUGAAUGAAACAAUGCAACAAGAUCCCAUUCAAAGUCAAGAAAUUCCCCCAGAUCAGCAACAAGAAAUCGACGACGCGUUGGCAGUUUUUGAUGGCAUCGGCACGGAGCCCGUGAUAGAAGCAAGUGUUGCAGAAGCCCGCAUUAUCGAUACCCAAGCCGAACCCGAAGUAAGAAAUGCUCAAGACGACGAGAAUGCGGAUAAACAAGCCGAGUCCCAAAACGAAAAUAAACCCAACAUAACCAUUGAAAAUGGUUGUGAGAACACUGAAACACUCGACUCGAAUGAAGCCGUGGAACACGAGCCAGUUCAAAUUCAAGAAAUUCUUCCAGUGCAGCGAGAAAAAGUAGCCGAGAGCGAAGCUUUAAACAUACAAACAGAAACCAAAGAUGAUGUUUUAGCGGUUAAUAUUAAAGUCGAGGAGACCAAUCAAGAAAAGGUCGCAGAGGCGGAAAACAUCGUGCAGGCCAAUGUUUUGAAUGGUGUGGAAAUCGAGACAUCGAUCGUUGAGCCAGUGAUGGAAGCUAACAUCGUUAAUGUACACAAUGAAGCAAUUAACUUCGGAUUUUUAGAAAAUAGCGUAGUUGAGACUAUCAACAAAAAAGAAGAGUCAGUAGACGAAAUGGGUCAACAGAACGAAUCCAAUCUUUUAAAGAAAGCGGAAGAACCAAUUGAAACUCAUUUUGAUUCGAACGAAUUGCAACAAGUCAUCCAGGCUAAUGGUGAGCCACUUGCCGAGACGACGACUGACUUGGUAAGUGACGCAUCGUUAGUUUUUAAUGACGAAAAGCUUAUUGCCGAAGAAAAUCCUCCUAGGCAAAUAGAAGAAUUGGAGGUUGUACCGGUUCAGGUACCCCCGCCUCGCCCACCCCAGCGUUUGGGAGCAAGCUCUCCUCAGUUGGCUGUUGGUUCGAAUGACAACAGUCAACUCAACGGAUCAAGUUCGGAAAUGAAAAAAUCGACAGGAAAGUCGCAAGAAAAUGAAGGUAGUAGGAAGCCAGAAUGGAUGCGAAGGCCACUAGUGCGAAAAGGUUCAGUAGGACGGUUGUUUGGUCGCAUGAAAGUAACGAUGCAAUCGAAACGCUUCCAUCCCGACCGACUUCCAGUAGUUCCACCACCACAGCCGGAACCACCGAAACGCCCACCACGCAGGAAGACUUUGGCUAAUUUGGAUUUGAGUCGUGAACCGGAGGCAACUAGUAAAGAUGAGAGUGUCUUUCAUUCGCCACCACCCGCUACGCCCAAAUCGGCUCCAGUUAGCGAAUUUGAAAAUAAGUCGGCGACGCUUCGAUCGACCACUUUGGAUCGUAAAAAGAAGAAUUCAAUCGGUCGUUUUCUGGGUCGUGUGUUAUCUACGAAGCAUCUUAAUGCAACAGAAGGCACGGCUGCGGAAGAGUCGCCUUUAAUUCAGCAGGAACCUCAAAAUCCUGUCCCACAAGAUCCCGUUCCGGAACCCCUACCGACCACACCACCACUUGCAACGACGCCAGCGCCAUCGGAAAAAUCUAAAAAAGGGGCAGUGACGACUGUGAAUGAAGCUGUGAAUGAUAUGGGAACUUUCAUUCGUCGUAUACUUCGUCCUAAAACGCCAACGGCUGAUGAAGCCAAAGAAAAACCAUCGCCACAAAGACCCCCACCACCUAGUCGUCAUCAAACUCCCACUCCAAACGAGCAGGAGAGGUCACCGACUACGAAUGCGAAAGCCGGCCUUCAGUUUGACUGUCAGACCUCAAUCAAAUUUCACGACGAAUGGUACCACGUAAUGAAUGGAAAAUCGGCAAGAGCAAUCGCAAAAUGUGAAAUCGUGGUUAACCAAGAUGGUAACGGUAUCUCCCAAGGAGAAGUUAUUGUUCGACUCUAUGAACAACCAUCCCAACACUGCAUAUCAAAUGUGUUGGAGACGUCAGACGAGUGGGAUGCUGAUGGAAUCGCCAAGGUGCUAAACGAUUUGCGAGAUGUAGUAUGUAGCAAAUUCUAUCCAGAAUCCGCAUAAAGACGACACUGCCUGCCAUGACGCGAUACCUAUUCGAAAAAAAAAAGGAUUAAUUUUACGAUAAUAACUUGUCACCUAAGGGAAAAAAAAUUUGCUGCUCCGCUCUUAUGGGAAGAAAUCAUGGAAAAAAAAUGCAAUCAGAUUAACCUCACUGGCCACUUGGAAAUUCGUUCGCUGGUAUUCAUUAAUACAUUUCACGUUGCUUUUACAACAUAAAA